AAUUUCAGCUUUUAAUAUGUUAGUUAAAAGGUACGGAAAUGACUGUCCUUAGUCCAUUCGUUUUCUGUAAAAAAUCAACUUUUGCUAGAGUAGCCAACGUGCUUUUUUUAAUGUUUAUUUUUUUCUUAAAAUACUUCCUCAUUGGCAGCACUGCUUGUCUGUCAAAACACCGAACAAAAACUUUUGUAAGAAAUCGCGCUUAAUACUACAAAAGUAAUGAAAUUACCCAUAAAGAGUAAUGAUUACUCGUAAUCUAUAAUGAUUAAACGUAUUAAGUAUGAUUUUGAGACUGCAAGUUUUACAAGAUGCGAAUGGGUGAGUAAAGAUCCUAUCUACAUUGAAUAUCAUGAUAAAGAGUGGGGAAUACCAGUAUUUGAUAGUUUGAAAUUAUUUGAAAUGUUAUGCCUAGAAGGCCAACAAGCUGGGCUGUCUUGGAUUACUAUACUGAAAAAAAGAGAGAAUUAUAGAAAUUUGUUUCAUUGUUUCAACCCUUACGAAAUAAUUAAAUUUUCUGAUGAACAUGUUAAAAGAUUACUAACAGAUAUCGGUAUUGUGAGGCACAAGGGAAAAAUUGAAGCAAUCAUCAAUAAUUCCAAAUGUUAUAUACAGAUGGAAAAGCAAAAUGAAUGUUUUUCAGACUUCAUAUGGAGUUUUGUUAAUCACAAGCCUAUUGUAAAUGAUGUAAAUACUAGUAAAGAACUGAAAACAGAGACAGCUACAUCAAUUGCCUUGUCCAAAGAAUUAAAAAAGAAAGGGUUUAAGUUUGUUGGAUCUACUAUUUGUUAUUCUUUUAUGCAAGCAUGUGGACUCGUUAAUGAUCAUAUCAAUACAUGUAUUUGCAAAACAAAAGAAUUUCAAUCAGAAUAAGUAAAAUAGUUUACUCUGUGUGAAAAGAUGAGCAAAUUAACUUUUGUUAUUCUUGAUACAAUUCAGAAAGUAAAUAG